AAUUUAAUAAUUUGAAUUCAAAAACAUGGCGCAUCGUUUACGAUUUCUCAAUUCCAAAAAACUUAUUCUUUCUCGUGAUAUCCAGGAGAAAUUCCGACCAGUGAUUCCACUAUUCGAGGACCAAGCUGGUAAAGAGUUUGAAAUUCCUUUAUAGUGUCGGAGCAAUUUCCUGAAAAGCUGGGAAAAACUGUUCCCGAAUUUAGAUAUUUCGCAUGCUGCAGCUAUUAUAAGUAAAACCCAGUUCAGUAUGCUUGUACCAGAAUUGGAAAAUAAAAUAAACAUAUACGGGGAGAAGCCUUGUGAUGUUGUACUCUAUGGAUUAGAGUCUCAUGUAUGUAUCGAACAAACCGCAAUCGAUUUCUUAAAUGGUAUUAAUGUUUAUAUUGUUGCUGAUUGUUGCACUUCUCGUCUAAAUCAGGACCGUGAUUUGGCACUGGAACGCUUACGUGAAGCUGGUUGUAAUACCACUAGUGAGAGCAUAAUUUUUAAUUUGCUGCGCGAUAAACACCCAAAAUUUAAUGUGAUUCGAAAACUAGUAAAUCCGCCAUCAUUGGAUAUGCAAUUAGCUAGUCUUCAAGUUUCUCUGGCCUAA